CACACUCACCCACUGUCUUUCUUGCGCGAAGUAGAGCACUGGGCAUUUAUAUGACAGUCCAGCUGUCAAGAGUCACCCGAGAGAAAGUGAGUGAGAACACAACGAAGACCACAGGCAGCACAACACGAGUGCACGCAGAUUAGAGGAAUACUAUGCAGGCAGAUGGGAAGGCGGUGGAUGGCAGCUUGCUGGCCGAUGCUAACGGGAUGGAGCCAGGCCCCGGAGGCCAGAAGGAGGGCGGGAAGUGGCAGAAACCCCGGCUGACACGCAAGGCCCUCAUGAAGUGUUGCCUGGUCAAGUGGAUCAUCGCUAGCGCAGCACCGCAGGGCCCAGACAGCAGUGACAGUGACCUGGAGUUGUCUACGGUGCGGCAUCAGCCAGAGGGGUUGGAGCAGCUGCAAGCCCAGACCAAGUUUACCAGGAAGGAGCUGCAGUCACUCUACAGAGGAUUCAAGAAUGAGUGUCCCAGUGGACUGGUGGAUGAAGAGACCUUCAAGUCUAUCUAUUCCCAGUUCUUUCCUCAAGGAGAUGCUACAACGUAUGCUCAUUUCCUGUUUAAUGCAUUUGAUAUAGACAGAAAUGGUUCUAUCCGGUUUGAGGAUUUUGUGAUUGGACUCUCUGUGCUCUUAAGAGGCUCUGUGACAGAGAAACUCAAUUGGGCUUUCAACCUCUACGACAUCAACAAGGACGGCUACAUCACCAAAGAGGAGAUGCUGGCGAUCAUGAAAUCAAUCUACGACAUGAUGGGCAGGUACACCUCCCCUAGUGUGAGGGAUGACGCCCCCUUUGAACAUGUUGAAAAGUUCUUCCAGAAAAUGGACAGAAACCGAGACGGAGUGGUGACCAUUGAUGAGUUCAUAGAGACCUGUCAGAAGGAUGAGGACAUUAUGAGUUCCAUGCAACUCUUUGAGAAUGUCAUCUAGCACAACGAAACAUCUCCAAAAUAAACUAUCCUGAUAUCCACUGGCAUCCUGUGUCGAUAAUCUCGCCAAGCCCCUGACUCCCAGCACUCAGCAUGCUCCUUUGCCUAGUACUAGACCCUGACAUGGGUGAUAAGUAAACACAGCAGACUUUUUAUGUGUGUGUAUUUAAAGGAGAGUCCUGCAAGUGCUGGGUUCUGUAGCAGAAAAAGACAAGGCACUGGACCCAGCUUUCACUUGUUUCAAGGAACCUCUGCUUUGAAGGAAAAAAUGUGAUAUUUUUUUUCUGACAGACCUAAAGAAGAAAAUGGUAAAAGAAAUUAUGCUUUUCUCAUAUUGGAUUUCAAGAACAUCAGGAAAUGGGGAAUGAAAGUACUAGAAAGAUCUGUUUUUACUCAGUCUAUGGUCACUUCUGGUUCAGAGGCCUGCAACUUUCAUGCAGCCUCCUGCUUUCCUGACCUUGGAAGCCCAGCGGGGCCAGACUCAGACUGCGGAACAGAUUUUCAAGGACUAUCAGAGCUUGGGAGAGUUGAGAGUCGAGAGCUGGUG